GGUCUUUCAACGAAAAUUCAAUUUGACUGUUACUGGGACAUUCACACAAGAAACCCGAAACAUCAUGAAGGCCGCACGAUGUGGAUUUCCAGAUGUAAUCCCCCAGGAAUAUUCAGUGUAUCACAAAAAGUGGGCUAAAAAGGCCCUAACGUAUACAAUUGAGAGCUAUACUACCCAAAUUUCGCAAGACCAACAACGAUCUGAAUUUAAAAGGGCGUUCGAUGAGUGGGCGAGGCACACACAACUGUCAUUUACAGAAGUAUCCGGGACUGCUGAUCUGAAAAUCAAUUUUUACAAAAAGGCCCAUGGUGACGGCAGUGAUUUUGACGAUAAAAAUGGCGUUCUGGCACACGCUUUCUACCCAACCGACGGCAGGAUCCACUUCGACGACGACGAGGAAUGGGGCGUCAACGCCUCUUCCAAAAAAGAUCUCUACGGCGUCAUGCUCCACGAGAUCGGCCACUCGCUCGGGAUCAAACACAGCGACAUAUCCAACGCCGUCAUGUUCCCCAUGUACAGCGGCUACAUCAAAGACCUGCGGCUCCACGCAGACGAUGUUGCCGCAAUACAGGAGUCAUAUA